AUGGCAGCUGCAAUCCCUCCAGGCGGAACCUUCUUCGACACGCUCAACAAGAGCUUCGUCGAUGUCACCAUUGACGAGUCCAAUGACAACGCUAUCAAUACGACCGAAUUUCUCCAGGCGGCUGAGAGCUUGACUACUCUUUUCGAUGUCUUGGGCGGAGUAGCGUUCAAACCUGUCAAGAAUGACAUGGCCGGCAACAUCAAGAAAAUCCAAGACAGGCAGCUCGCUGCACCAGCACUGUCCGAGACUCUCCAGGACCUUGUCCGCAACGAGCUCAAGGAGAAGAAGCAUACUGCCACUGAAGGCCUUCUAUGGCUGAACCGUGGCCUGGACUUUACUGCACAAGCUCUCCGUCACAACAUCACCGAAUCAUCUGCGGAACUUGCCCAAUCCUUCCGUGACGCCUACGGCAACACCCUCAAGCCCCACCACUCGUUCGUCGUCAAGCCCAUUUUCAGCGCCGCUAUGAGCGCUACCCCAUACCGCGCCGACUUUUACAAGAAGCUGGGUGACGAAGACGCCAAGGUCCAGGCCGAGCUGGAGAAGUGGCUGACUGCGCUGGAGAAGGAUGUCAAGGUCCUGAACGAGUUCCUCGCCAGGAAGGAGUCCAAGUGGUAG